AUGAUUUCAGUGAAUACCGUACAUAUCUCGACAUGUACUGUGACGCUGAGCAGUACCGGAGACUCACAAGCGGAUAAGGCCGCGGACAAGAAAAAAGUACCAACCGAGAAGCCGACGCGAGGGAAAGCUAACCGUCCAGCCCAUGUGGACCGUACUAGUCCUGUGUACACACAACAGCGGUCAUCGAACACUCAGCGUGCGCAGUUCGAGCAGCUGAAAAGAAAUGCGGGAAGUUCGGAUUGUUCAGCAGUCUCGGCGGAAGCAGCGGCGCGAGCAAGUCAAUUCUGUACUUCCCGCACUCCUCAUACCGUAUUCCAUCGUGAGCCAACACUGACCAGUGGUCAGCAGUAUCAUGUUCAGUCUGACCAGCUCAAAUCGGAGACGAGAUCAACGCCGCGUGAGCAGCGUAUGAGAGCUCGCGCAAACAGCAGCACACCGAGAGGGCGUAUAUCUACCGCGAGACUGAGCGGCGCAAGCUUGUCGGCGAAGAGCGACACGAACAGUCGCAUACUUAGCAGCCGCAGAUAUAUGCUAUCCGAGAUCAUCGGUGGCGGCGCAGCAGUGAGAGACCGCAAGACGAACGUGCAUCAGUACGAGACAAUGACAAACAAUGCAGCAACACUUGCGAAUGCUUUCAAGGCGGUUGAGGUACCCGGAAAAGGGUCUCGUGGCAAAAAUACGCAAAACAAUAGUGACGAUACACGAUCCUCUGAUAUUUCUGGCAGCGAUUCAGCAAAGGAUACAUCACGGCGCAAAGCACAGGCACACAUUCGAUCAUGCGCGCAAUUAGAACUCAGUAUGCCAAUAACUGCUAUAAGGGAGAUUACAGCAAAGGAAGUAAAUUAG